AUGGGGAGCAUUGACUCGACCAGCCAACAGAAUGGGGCCACGGGCGCCCCAUCGGAGGACAAAGCCCUUGGUGAUCAAUAUCCAUUGCUUCCAGAGAGGGCUAAAGAAACAUCGGCGGAUGUCAACGGCGCGCCAACGGACAACAAGCUGUCCAACGGCUCAGCCUCGCAUGAGAAUCUGAUCCCAAAACUGUCAGACGCUCCAGCACCGCCGAUCAAGUACCCAGACUCGCCGUGGAAGCCCAAACUGGAGCUGGAGGAUCGAGGCAUCGACGAGGUCAGAAGUCUGCGCGUGGUCGUCAUCGGCGCCGGGUUGGCUGGAGUACUUGCCGGGAUCCUAUUACCAGCGAAGGUGCCCAAGAUCGACUUGACCAUCUAUGAGAAAAAUGCCGAUGUGGGUGGCACAUGGCUGGAGAACGUCUACCCCGGCGUGAGGUGUGAUAUUCCCGCCAACGUCUAUCAGUCCACGUUCGCCCCCCGAACUCAAUGGACCGAGAGAUUUGCCCAGGGUGCUGAGAUCCUACAAUAUUGGCAAGAUCGAGCUCGCGAAUACGACGUGUAUCGCUAUGUGAAGUUCAAUUCUUUCAUCCAGACAGUGCAAUGGAAUGAUAUAGAAGCCAAGUGGAUCAUCACCGUCCAGAACACCCAGACAAAGGAGACCUUUGUGGACCGGGCAGACUUUGUCCUGACCGCGGUCGGUCGCUUCAAUUACUGGAAGCUCCCAGACUAUCCCGGACUCUCAGACUAUAAGGGAGUCCUGAGGCACACAUCAAACUGGGACCCGUCCUUUGACCCCAAGGGCAAGAACGUCGCUGUUAUCGGCAACGGAGCGAGUGGGAUCCAGGUCGUGCCGAAUCUGCAGCGGGUUGUCAACCGUCUUGAUCAUUAUGCCCGCAACAAAACCUGGAUUGCGGGAUCCUGGGCCGGAGAUGAGAGGACUUUCGACCCACAAUACUACUCAGCCGAAGAACUGGAAUCUUUCAAAGAUGAUCAGACGUACUUGAAGUUCCGGAAAGAGCUGGAAGCGAAAUACUGGAGACGGUUUGGGUCCACUUUCAGAGGCGCCCAGGAAAACGAAGCAAUGCGUAAGUCUUUUAUCGAGAUCAUGCGCAAGAGGCUGGCCAAGAAGCCGGAAUUGUUGGACACCCUUGUGCCAGAUUUCAGCCCGAACUGCAGACGGCUUACCCCCGGCCCUGGCUAUCUGGAAGCCAUCACGGAGGAGAACGUGGACUUUAUUCAGACCCCGAUCAAGCGGUUCACCGAAACGGGGAUCGAGACUGUUGAUGGGAAGCAUCGCGAAGUGGACGCCAUUUUCUGCGCCACUGGAGCCCACUUCGUACCACAAUUCGAUAUCAUCGCCCGCGGAACCAAUCUCAGUGAAGCAUGGAAGCCCGAGGGCCAGUAUGGCUUCCAAUAUAGUUACCUCGGAUUAGCCACCCCUGGCUUCCCGAAUCUGCUCUUCAUAUCUGGGCCCAACGGCAGCGGUCCUUCAGGGACGGUCCCUCACGCCGUGGAAGUCCAACUCACCUAUUAUGCAAAGCUGUUGCGGAAAGUGUCGAGUCAAGGCAUCAGGACCGUCGAGCCCUCCCGACAGGCGGCAGACGACUUCGUCGAUUAUUGUGACGCAUUCUUCCCGAAGACUGUGUUGACGGAUAAUUGUAGCUCCUGGGCCAACGGGGGCAAAGCCGGUCAUAGGAUUUUCGGGGUGUGGCCUGGCAGUGCUGCCCACGUCACCAUCGUCCGGAAAGAGCCCAGGUGGGAGGAUUGGGAGUAUACCUUCCUGUCCAAGAGUCAGAAUAGAUUUGCAUACUUUGGAAAUGGCUGGACGACGAAAGAGGCAGAUCCGGAGUCGGAUAUUGCUUCCUACCUGAGAGUUCCCUCUGAAAUCGACUUGAGGGAGCUUCAUGAGAGAUGGUGGGAUUGGCCGUAG